AUGGCGACUUUCAAUCCGCCUCUCGCGCUGCAGGUGUCCCCCGCUUCCUCCGCAUCCGCAGCUUCUGCCUUUUCCGCCUCCCCCGCCGCUCCGGCCCGUUCCGCCGCUUCUUCCGCCUCGACACGCGGGCGAGGACUUUCGUCUAGCCUCGUCGCCCAGCCACUCCCCCCUCGCGCGUUGCCGCGCAGUCUGCGGAGUGCAGACUUGUUGCAAUGCAAGCGCGGGGGAGCGGUAACCGUUCGCUGCGCCCUUGCGCAACCCAUGCCGGGCAUUGGCGCAGCGAUACCCUCGGGAGUCGGCGCUGGAAACCAGAUUCCGCUUCCGACGACCGAAAACUGGUGGGAGCGGCGCGUGCCUGCGAACAUGCGACACGUGGCGAACACAGCGGAAUUCGUGGAGGCGCUAGGCGCGGCGGGAGACAAGCUCGUGGUGGUCGACUUUUUCGGGACCUGGUGCCGCUCGUGCCGCGCCAUGCACCCUAAGCUCUGCAUGCUGGCGUCAAAGUAUCCUGACGUCAUUUUCCUGCAAGUCGAGUUCGACUCCAACAAGCAGCUCUGCCGGUCGCUCGGAAUCAAGCGGCUGCCUUUCUUUCACUUCUAUCGGGGUGCUGACGGGUUGCUAGACGCCUUCCCUGCCACCCUCACCUCGAUUGCGAAAAUAAAGGAGGCGUUGGAGACACACAGCACGGACAGAUGCUCCUUGGGGCCUCCUGCCGGCCCGCACCAAGUGUUGAAUCCUCAGGAGACCGACACUGAAACAGCCUAA